AUGCCGGCAAUGGCCAGCGAUACAUUCGGCUUGCCUCUUGCAAAGAGGCAAAAGAGGGUAUUUGAUGAGAAAGCUCGAAAGGAAGGCCGUCAUGGCUCCAAAGUCUUUGCUCCUUUUCGGACGUUAGGACUCGUGUCACCGACCCCCGUUCCCUUUACUAGUGUGCGCCUGGGCAAGUCGACAUUCCAAAUUACAACUUCGGUGGGCCAUUCCCUCCAGACGACAAGGUUUUCGCUGCCUGGGGCCAUCUUCGACCUCGAUCCUCUGGGGGGAGUCUGGGUCUUCAAACGCGGCAAGCGCGUCGCAAGUCUGGACAGUCCGGCGCUUGAUGGGCCCAUUGAGCGGUUGAUGGUGUUUGGCUCGUGGGUUAUUGGCUGCUGGGCAGGUGGGCUAGAGAUCUGGAACACUAUUAGCUACGAACACUAUGCCAGUCUGCGGCCCCGGUCGACCCCCGGUUCGUCAGGGGAGCAGGUCUACGUGGGAAUCAUGUGCAAUAUGCCCACCUAUCUCAACAAGGUUUUCGUGGGGCGUAGUGAUGGCGCGGUUGAUAUUUGGAACCUUCGCAGCGGCAAGCUUUUGUACACAAUGCCCCCUCCAUCGUCAGAUGCCGGGCCGGUGACUGCCAUGCAUCCUACUCCGGCCUUAUCCCUUCUGGCCAUUGCCCACAAGAGCGGUUCUUUGUCGAUUCAUGAUGUCGAUUCUGCCCAGUUGGUUUUGCCCUUGAGGAAUGCAUCGACCCAGGCUCUUCCGGUGACCUCAAUUACCUUCCGCAGCGACGGUCUUGGUGCUGGUCACGAUGGACGGAAGGCUGGCGUGAUGGCCACAAUCUCCAGCGGGAGCGGUGAUAUCACUAUGUGGGACCUGAACGAUGGGGGCCGUGUGGCAGGUAUUCUCCGCGGUGCUCAUAGAGUCUCAAACAAUGAGACCGGUAUGGGAGUGAAUCGCGUAGAAUUCUUGGACGGACAGCCAGUACUGGUAUCGUCGGGAGACGACAAUGCCCUGAAGACAUGGAUCUUCGACGAGACGCCGUUUUCUCCAAUUCCUAGGCCGCUCCAUUCCAGGGGUGGUCACUCUGCUGCUGUCAGUGCUCUCGAUUUCGUGCCCGUGUCCUCAGAUGGUUCCGAAUCCGGCGGUAAAUGGCUUCUCAGUGCCAGCAAAGACUGCAGCUUCUGGGGUCUUAGCUUGCGCAAGGACAGUCAGCACGCGGAAAUAUCCCAGGGUAAUCUGGAACGCAAGGCAAAGAAAAUGGGCCCUUCCGGACAUUCAAACUCGUCUGUCGCGGAUACGCUCAAGGCACCUGAGAUCACUUGCCUCGCCUGCUCUCUCAAUCGUGAUGGGGGUAUGGGCGUGACAACCUCGGGCCCGGUCUGGUCAAACCCCAAAGCUUCCAAUGCCGACACCUCCAACGCAACGGGCUGGGAAAGCGUGGUUACUGGCCACCGAGGUGAUAAAUAUGCGCGAACUUGGUUCUGGGGCAAGAAAAAGGCGGGACGCUGGGCUUUCGCCACCAGUGAUGGGACUGAAGUCAAGAGCGUGGCUAUGUCUCCAUGUGGAACUUUUGCGGUUAUAGGUUCAGCGGCCGGCUCCAUUGAUAUGUUUAAUAUGCAGUCCGGCAUGCAUCGCCAAAGUUUCCCACCUCGCUCGCCCCGGUCUCGUGGUGCGAAAUCGCGCGCAAACGACGAUUUCACUGUCGGCUCUAGUCAUACCAAGGCUGUCACUGGCUUGAUGAUUGACAAUCUUAACCGGACGGUCAUUAGCUGUGGUCUGGAUGGGAAAGUCAAGUUCUGGGACUUGCUUUCUGGUUCGUUGUUAGACGAAUUGGAUUGGCAUCCAAUGGCAGCUGUCACAGGCCUUCGUUAUAGUAAGACCAGCGAGUUAGUCGCAUUCAGCUGUGAUGAUCUCUCAAUUCGUGUGAUCGAUCUGGAGACCAGAAAACUUGUCCGUGAAUUCUGGGGCUGCGUGGGCCAGGUAAAUGAUUUCAUUUUCUCCAAUGAUGGACGCUGGAUUAUCGCGGCCUCGAUGGACUCGGUAUUGCGCGUUUGGGACCUGCCCACCGGUCAUCUCAUCGACAUUUUCCGGGUGUCCAGCACCUGUGUCUCCCUUGCCAUGUCAUCCAGCGGCGACUUCUUGGCCACCGCGCACGCAGGUAGCAUCGGAAUCAGCCUAUGGAGCAACCGUAGCCUUUUCAUGCCGAUUUCCACCAAGAACAUGGACGAGGAUGCUAUCGAGGACAUCGGCGUGCCAACCUCGUCUGGUGAGAGUGGUGCAGGCCUCGUUGAGGCAGCUUUCCUGGAUACGCCCGAGCAGGAUGAUUUUGAGGGACCGGUGCUGGCAAGUGACCAGCUUCGACAAGAUAUGGUGACACUCAGCCUGGUUCCCAAGAGUAGGUGGCAAGCUCUUCUUCACCUGGACUCUAUCAGGGAACGCAACCGGCCCAAAGAAGCUCCGAAGGCCCCUGAGAAGGCACCAUUCUUCCUCCCCUCGCUGAUCGGUACCAGGGACCCCCAGUCUACGAGCGCAAUCACUACUGAAGCGGCCGUGCUGGAUCCGCUUACGCAGGGUACGGAAGCAGAGCGUUCGCGGGUUUCCAAAUUGCAGGCUGGGGGCCUCAGCUCCUCGGAGUCUCUAAUUACUAGGCUUUUGCAGUCUGGUCAUCGUUUAGGCAACUACGAUGCCUUGAUCGAGCAUCUUAAAUCUUUACCUCCAGCCCGCGCGGACUUGGAAAUUCGCUCUUUAGAUCCACGGGCGCGCGGCGGUUUCUCUGAACUGUCCGGGUUCGUGACCGCUCUGACGAUGCGUUUGAAAUUGCGAAGAGACUUCGAAUUGGUUAAUGCAUGGAUGGCAGUCUUUCUGAAGAUCCAUGCUGAUACCGUCGGGCUAUGCUCUCAUCGGGAUGAGCCUGAAUAUCGGGUUCUGCAGCAGGCUCUGGUCUCUUGGGCUCACGAACAAGAGCAAGAAGGGAAACGCCUGGCCGGGCUGGUAGGCGGGAAAAUUCUUCUUCACUUCUACCACUCCUAUCUCUUCAGGUUAGACGAUGGGGAUCUCGCAUUUGACGAAGUACCUUUUGCCCUACGCCGAGACUGUUUCGCUAAGGAAAGCAUCCGACCAGGGCCCUCCAUGCGUGCACGUGGACAGACCCAGCUUACGACGUUUUGGACAUCCAACCUACCUGCGACGAGGUCAGUCGCGGUGUCACAUAAUAUAUGUUUCGAUGGUGCCUUGCCCUUUUCCAAGCGAGGGACUCGACUUGCUCGGCUUGAAAAGUCCAGACACCGGCUGGAAUUGACCCGACUCCAAAAUGUGGUUCCUAGUCAUGAAUAUCAACAUCGUCCAGAGACUUCACUUCGGCAUGCUCAGCUCUGGCAGAUCCGAAAUCUUCCCGCUCGAUGGAGGAACCUUCCCGAAAACCCGUUCAUGGUGUCCGCGGUUUUCGAGGACUUGCGGUCCCGGUGGAACAAACAGCUCAUAAUAUCGAUGUUUCAGCGAUCCGAUCUCCCUCUGGGGGAGGCUGAAUAUCCAUGGGCUGAGAUCACAGCAAUGGUCCCCGGAGAAGCCGACAUCGAAUGUGCCCGGUUCGCCAAACUCACAGGCUCGGCCGUUCUCACAAACGACUCAGAUCUGUUGGUUCAUGAUCUAGGUCCGCUUGGUGCAGUCGUGCUCCUUAAUUCGGUGCAUAUGCUCCAAGACGCACCAGAUUUGGUCGAGCUGGAGAUCCGGGGCCUGCGAUUACAACCCACCGAACUUGCCAAUCGACUCGGGUCAGUGAAUCUUCCGAGAUUUGCCUACGAGCUGAUACAAGACCCUCACCGAAGCUUUACGGAGCUUGUGCGACGGUCCAAGGACAACUCCGGAACGGUUGAACGGUCGUCUGAUUACAUAGAGUUCAUCCGCGAAUAUCAACCCGAUGAUCGAAUGUUGGUCAAGAACAUACGAAGUGUCCAGACGUGUGACCCCAGGGUGUCUGAGCUAUUCUGGCAGUAUGAGCAGCCGGAUGUCUAUUGUUGCGCCGACCAGCCUCAUAUGUACCUUGGAAUCCUUAAUGAAGAUCACUCCAGGCGAUGUGCCUGGGAACACGGUCGCUUUUACAGAUCUAUUGGCUAUUCCCUCCUCAAUCUGUCUCGAUCAGCUCCUCAGAAACUCUCACGUGUUCAGGAAUUUGUUCGCAGAGGAGGUAGAAUCGUUGCUGAGCAGAUCAGUCUUAGCAGCACAAACACGACGAUCUCCGACUUACGCACUCUACAAGAGCGUAUAGAUCUUGCGCGAAGAACAUUUCGGCAUAAUACGCCGUCUGUAUUCUGGGUGUUAUUUGCCUUGUCCGAGAUACACUGCGACUCCUCCCGCACGACUGCGACACCCAACGCAGCACAUCUUGAGCGAUUCCUCAGCAAAGGAUUCAUGGGCAAACGAACUGACUGGACUGACAUCCAUCUAAUGGCCCAGAUACAGGCCAUACUGUAUUCCCUGCGGAUUUUGAAGCAGCUGGCUGAGAUCAAUGCGGAGAAUAUUCCCGUCCAGCACCAAGGUAUUCUGGCAGGUUUACCCCCACUACAUCUUCUCAUGAUGUCGCGGCACGAUAUAGUCAAAAGCUUCUCUACGAAUGGACUCGCCCGCAAUUCGGUCUCCCGGUUGUUUGAGACAUAUAAUUGA